CUGUCAAGCGGGAGGAAGGAGCCGGGACGGACGGAACAGCCUGGGGCAGGGCAGGCGGGGAACUUAAGUGGCCGCUUCCAGUCAAUAGUCGCGGCGCGGAUUGUUUCAGCGUUCGAAGGGGAAGCGAUCUGGCCAAUGAGAAGCGGCCCAGCCGCUGCCCGGGCCCCACGUCUCCGCAGAGGUUCUUGCAGCCGCCGGGCUCCUUCUUCUCCAGUGGCCGCCGCGGGUGGCGGGGAGCGCUGUAGCGCCGCCUGCCGGGCAGCCCCUAGCGCCGGACUCCUCCCCCCGCCGCCGGCUGCCAGUGCAUCAUCGUGUCCUGUGGAGGCGGGGAGCCGGGGCUGGAGGCUCCUCAGUGUGCGGCGAGGCGAGUGCAGCGCGCAUAGGGCUCCCGCUGCUGCCGCCGCCCCUGAGCUCCGGGAUCGCGCCCCUUCCGUCCCGCCGCUGGAGCUGGCUGCUGUUCCGCCCCUUCAGCCUCUCGCCGGGGCGAGCUGAGCGGCGGGCAGCCGGGAAGCGGCUCAGGCGGCACCGCGCUGGCUCGGAGGAGCAGGAGCUGCCCCGGGCGCCCCGCACCGGCUGCUGGCGGGAGGAUCUGGAGCCAGAGGAGACCGGCGAGGGGGAACUCGGCUCCCCGCCGGAGGAGCUGCGCGGCAGGGGCGGCGGACCCUGAAGGAGCAGGACACCCCCGUACCCAGGCCGGGCGCUGAGCCCCUCGCACCCCAGCCCCGUGGCUCUGAUCCCCGCUCCGCAGAGCUCUCCUUCGCCGGUGCCAGGCGGAUGCCGCCGCAGCAGGAGGGGGAGGCGGGCUACAUCAGCAAGCCGCUGGCUGGCGGCUGCGAGGUGCCCCCGGUGCCCCCGCGCAGGGUCCGCAGCAGCCGGGCGGCGGCGCUGGGAGCGGCCCUGGGCAGCAGAUGCCGGGCCGGGGCGGGAGCCGAGCCGCGCCGCAGCAUCAAGUGUGUCCUGGUGGGGGACGGGGCUGUGGGCAAGACCAGCCUGGUGGUGAGUUACACCACGAAUGGGUACCCCACGGAGUACAUCCCCACCGCCUUCGACAACUUCUCCGCUGUUGUGUCUGUUGAUGGCAGACCCGUGAGACUUCAGCUCUGUGACACAGCUGGUCAGGAUGAAUUUGACAAGCUUAGACCGCUGUGCUACACCAACACAGACAUCUUCUUGCUGUGCUUCAGUGUUGUGAGCCCUUCCUCUUUCCAGAAUGUGAGUGAAAAGUGGGUUCCUGAAAUACGAUGCCACUGCCCCAAAGCUCCUAUUAUUCUGGUUGGGACACAGUCGGACCUCCGAGAGGAUGUCAAAGUUCUCAUUGAGCUGGACAAGUGCAAAGAAAAGCCUGUUGCAGAAGAGGCCGCGAAGCUCUGUUCUGAGGAAAUAAAAGCAGCAUCUUACAUCGAGUGCUCAGCUUUGACUCAGAAAAAUCUCAAAGAGGUCUUUGAUGCGGCCAUUGUCGCUGGCAUUCAGUACUCGGAUACACAGCACCAACCAAAGAAAUCCAAGUGCAGGACUCCAGACAAAAUGAAAAACCUCUCCAAAUCUUGGUGGAAAAAGUACUGUUGUUUUGUAUAGUAUUCGCAAGGACCUAAAUGUUGCCCUAGUGAAAUCAAAUAGAAGCUAUAUUAGCUUAAAUCUCACUCUGUAUUCUCCAAGUGUGUAGCAUAGAUCCACAAGUGUGUAUAUGUUGCUAUUAGAAAUCUCAAUUUCCCUUUCUCUUUUGAGGGAGAUGGAAGAACACGUAGGUAGGCAGUUCCUGUUAAAUCAGGUUAAGGAAUUUCAGCAUUCGCCUGUCUGAUGUCAAGAGUUUCCGGACUAGUCUCAUGUUAAGGAAUACAUUUGUGAAGUUAGAAAUCGUACAAAGGGUUUGACUUUCUGUAUCAUAAUGUAUAUAAAAGAGGGAGGAACAAAACCGAGGCCUUUGCGGAUAGGGCUAUUUAGAAGAAACAAAGGACUAUGGAAAUAUAGAGCUCUAUAUAGAUCGACAAUUUUUAAAAACUAACAUUGUGCCUCCAAAAUGACAUUUUAGCUUUAAAAACUUUCUCCCUCUUUCCCCCAUCUCCUUCCCUCAACCACUUCAGGGGGGACUUUAACAAUGUGGAACAAGAGAUGGAGUCUUCCCCCAAAUGCUGCUGCUUGGAAGGUCAUGCAUAUACCUCCAGCACGUUGUUAGACUGCCUAACACGUUAAGUAAUUGAUGUAAUUACAUCUUAUUUGUAGCCUCCUGACUUGGAAAUCCUUUCCCCCCUCUUUCUCUCUUUCACAUGCAGUAAUGUGCAUGCCCAAUGAACGUUACAAAGUCCUACUUUGUUACAUUUUGAAUAGUCAUGGGUGCCUUUGUAUUUAUACAGACACCAUGAAAGUUCAUUUAGAUCAAUUCAAAGAAUGUAAAUGCUGUUUUUUAAAAGGGAUGCCACAAAUGUCCAUAUAGCACCACACAAAAUGUAUCUGUUUUAAGCCUACAAAUAUGAACUUCAGAAUGUUCCUCCUUGAGAGAUUUUCAUGCUGCCAGUUAAAUAAAAGGCCUAUAAAAAAGGCAGAUUACGUGCCAUAACCAAACACCAGAAAAGUGAUACUGCUGUGUCCUGUUUCUGAUGCUGUUUUGAACAAAGUUUGUAUUUGUUUCCAAAGGAAGCAGUUGUUGGUGGCUUAAAUUUGUCUUAGAUUAUAGUUGCAAAACUGUGUUGAAACAACCAGUGAAAUUUAACUGAUUCUUUCCCAGGUACCUUCAACAAAUUAAAGUGAAGUGUGUUUAAAAUGUCA